AGACUGGUGGAGGAGAACAUGCCAAGAUGCAUUAAAACUGUAAUAAAAAAAACAUGGUUAUUUCUGAACUCUUAAAACUUUAUAAUUAAAAAAUUGUUUUCUUUGCAUUAUUUAAAGUCUGAAAUCUAAAUCUUUUUUAUUUCAGCCAUUGUUCCAUUGUUCAGCCAUGUUCAUUUACUCAAACAUAAACCUAUAAAUAGCAAAAUCAGGGAAACUGAAGUGGUCUCUAUUUUUUUUUCUAGCUGAGAGCCUGAUAUAAAGUGGGACUUUUAUUUUGAAAUUAGCGAGGGAAGAGGCGGAAGAAGAGUGUGGGCUUCCUCCUCCGACACUGUUUCUAGUUUCUCGUUACCGAAAGCAAAACUCUGAACUGUGGGCUGUUUUUAUAAUGAAUCAGUAAUUUAAUAAGAGCAGCGCGGCGGAUUAACGCUGAGCGCGGUGUGUACUGAGGUCUGGCUGUACUGCCGCCGGUCAGACAGCUUUGUUUUAAGGUAUUAUCCGCUGUGUUUAUCGGUGUUCAGUCAUGAUCGGCGUUAACGGGAGAUAAAUCUGCUUAACGCCCCGAAACUGCAGAGCUGAACUCUGAUAUAUAACUAACUAAAUAAUCAAUAAAUCUGAAGCCUGAAGACGCUUUCUCCUUCAGAUUAACACUGCCCGGACCCGCCGCUUCUCCUCUCCUCAGCGCUGAAUAAGAAAAGGUUAUGUCUGAGGAAAGCACCCAGCUCUGCACCAACUGCAAGCAUGACAUCCCAGAGGCCAACUUCACCACUCACGAGAUCCACUGCCGACGGAACAUCGCCCUGUGUGACGUGUGCCAAGAGCCGGUUCCCCGUGCUGAGCUGAUGCAGCAUAAAGAGCAGGAGCACUCACAGGUCCAGUGCAAAUGUGGUCUGAAAAUUGAGAAAAGUCAUCUGGAGACCCAUCAGAGCUCAGAGUGCAGCCAGCGACUGGUGGCGUGUCAGUUCUGUGAACUGGAGGUGACCUUCUGCCAGGCCAGAGAUCAUGAGGAGUACUGCGGGACCCGGACCGAACCCUGCCCUGUCUGUAAGUGUAACGUUAUGCUGAGAGAGAGGGAGAUCCACCCGGCGCUGUGUGGGAGUCUCACCCCACCGCAGGAGCAGAGGACUGGGAUCCAGGCACCAGGAGCUUGGUUUGAGACCCAACCCAUCCACAACCUGCUGAGAGCGCAGGAGAGGAUCCAUAAUAACAACAGCACCGGGUCCACAGACCGCAGGGGUCCGCCACGCCCACUGGAAGGCAGACUACAUAAUAGCACUAGGGGACCAAUAGGGGCAGGAGCCCGGAGGAACACAGAACCGAGGAACAACGAAUUUGCUCGCUUGCUGGAUCAGGAAAACGAGUUCGAGACCAACAACAACAGCCUGCUGUGGCCGCUUGGCCAUCUGCCAGACUACGACUCCUCUGGUCUGGACUAUCUGCUGGCCCUCAGCCUGCAGAGUGACGGGGAGGAUCUGGGGGCUCAGGAGGGGAUAUGGACCGACGUCUGGGACCACCGUCUGGCCAGGGAAUCUGCCCGGAGCACCCUCAGCUCCCAGCUGUCCUCCACCACUAACAACAACACAUACAGCGGCAGUGCCCCCAACACCACCACCACGCCCCCCGCUCACGGCCCGGCUUCCGAGAUCAUGCUGCCCUGCGAGUUCUGUGAAGAGCUCUUUCCAGAGGAGGACCUCAUUUUACACCAGACUGGCUGCAGUCCAGCCUCAGCCAUCGCCUCCUUCAGCAAGCAGGCUUCCUCUCUACAGUUUGAGGACCCCUUCACCCAAGGAGGAAGUCACGUGAUCCUUCCCCGCACUCCCAGUCCACCCAACCUGCCUCACUCUGUGUCCCCGCUCUCCUACAGCCCCCCUUCCAGCCCACUAGAGGGCGAUGUGGUCAUUCCCUGUGAGUUCUGUGGAGUGGCUCUGGAGGAGAAUGUUGUGUUUCACCAUCAGGAUAAGUGUGACCUCCGUCCUGGGGCAGCUUUCCAAACAGAUGGAGCAUCUCCACUCAAACCGCUCCACUCUCCCAUAGAGAAGUGUGGGAGAAGCUCUCCUGAGAGGCAAAGGAGAGUCAGACACCAAGCAGACCCUGGAGAGGAGUUUCUGACACCAGCUCUUCAGGGCUGGCAGAGCUGCAGUUCAGAUGCAGAUCCAUGGAGGUCCUCUCCCUUCAUGAGUCUCACCUCAGCGGGGAAGAACACCAACGUGGAGCUGCAGGGGAAAAGCAGGAACCAGCGAGGGAAAGCCACAGAGAUGUUCUCCUCUAACUGUGAAGUUCUGAAUGACAGCCACAAGGUCAGCCCUGCAGGGGCUAUAGGGCCUCCGUGCAGAGACAGAGCAGCGGGCCGAAACCCCCCAAAAAACAUGCCGACAUCAAAGACUCACAAGAAGCAGAACACUGAGAAAGAAGAGGAAGAGGAGGAGUGAGAGAGUCUGAUGUUUGCAGGAAAAAGAUGAUUCACAUUAACUGUACAGAAGUACUAAAUGAAUGUGUGUGAGAGAGAGUGUGUGUGAGAGAGAGUGUGUGUGAGAGAGAGUGUGUGUGAGAGAGAGUGUGUGUGAGAGAGAGUGUGUGUGAGAGAGAGUGUGUGUGAGAGAGAGUGUGUGUGUGAGAGAGAGUGUGUGUGUGUGAGAGAGAGUGUGUGUGUGUGAGAGAGAGUGUGUGUGUGUGAGAGAGAGUGUGUGUGUGUGAGAGAGAGUGUGUGUGUGUGAGAGAGAGAGUGUAUGUGUGAGAGAGAGAGUGUGUGUGUGAGAGAGAGAGUGUGUGUGUGAGAGAGUGUGUGUGUGAGAGAGAGAGUGUGUGUGUGAGAGAGAGUGUGUGUGUGAGAGAGAGUGUGUGUGUGAGAGAGAGUGCAAGAGAGACUGUGAAAGAGACUGUUAAAGUGAGUGAGAGCGUGAGUGAGAGCGUGAGUGAGAGAGAGAGCGCAAGAGAGAGAGAGAGUGUGAAAGAGCGCGAGAUAGUGUGCGAGAGUGUGAGAGUGAGAGAGAAAGAGAGAGAAAGAGAGAGUGUGUGAGAGAUUGCGAGAGAGUGAGAGUGAGAGCGAGUGCGAGAGAGUGCGAGAGAGUGCGAGAGAGUGCGAGAGAGUGCGAGAGAGUGCGAGAGAGUGCGAGAGAGUGUGUGAGAGUGUGUGAGAGUGCGUGAGAGUGUGUGAGAGUGCGAGAGAGUGCGAGAGAAAGAGAGUGCGAGUGCGAGAGUGUGUGAGAGAUUGCGAGAGAGUGAGAGAGAGAGUGCGAGAGAGUGUGAAAGAGCGCGAGAGAGUGUGUGAGAGGAAAGUAUGUGGGUCCAUAUUUGUGUUUGUGCUUUAAAAAUGUCUAAAAUUAUAUUAUACUCUAUUGAUUUCUAAUCUACUUUGCUUUUGUUGCACUACUUUUAAACUCUGUUUGUAUUUUCUGUUCCAAUUUGUUUUAUAUACUUUUAACUACUUUAAUAUUUUACAAUUCAACGAGACUGGAAGGAUGCUAUAGCUUUUUAUAUUUUCCUAAAAUCUAUAAGUAUAAAAAUACCUGUUAUUGAUGUUAAAUUGAUACGUAUAUUCUUUGAUUUCUGAUUUUGCCUAAUGUGUACCGUACAAAAAAAAAAAAUGUUUGAAAGUAUCAAAGCAGAAUGUGUAAUCUUUUGAUAUUCUUCGGAUUAGGUUAUUAAAAGUCUCUAUCUCAGAUUGUCUCCAGGUUUGUGAGUAACAGACUGUGAGUGCAGUGUGAGAUUGACUGUAAUCUGUUCAUUACAGUUAUAGUUACCAUAAUCAGAAACUAAGAUUUUUCAAAUUGAUGUUUAAUUUCAUGAUGUCUCUUAAAAUUAAACUCCUUAAUUACA